AUGCAGCAGGAGCUGCAGCAGCAGCAGAUUGCUGCUGCGCUGCUGUAUGAUAAACCAUCCGAGCAGCUGCAGCUGCUGCCUCUUGCAUGCAGACACUACAUUGCUGCUUCUUAUUUUUCUGUCGAUGCAGCAGCAGCAGAAACAGCAGCAGCAGCAGCAGCAGCAAGAGAGGAAGCAGAUGCUAGGAUUGUUGCUGCUAAUGAUCCACGGGCAGGCCACCGUGCUGUUGCUGCUGCUCUUUAUGCUAUUGAUGCUGCUGCUGCUGCAGCAGAAGCAAGACCAGUGUACGAUGCUGAUGCAGCAGCAGCAGCAGGAGCAGCAACAAGAAGAGAGUUCUCGCUGCUGGGUUUGCUGCUGCAGCAUUUCCCUGAGUACAUGCAGCAGCAGCUGCAGCAGCAGCAGCGCGGCCACCUCCAGCUGCAGCAGCAGCUGCUGCUGCCUACCUGCAGCACACAGCUCCCAGCUGACGUUUUGCUGCAGGCGUAUGAGCAGCUUCGGCGGCAGCGGCAGCAGCGGUGGCAGCACCAGCAGCAGCAGCAGCAGCAGCAGCAGCAGCAGCAGCAGCAGCAGCAGCCGCUCGGGCGCCUUCUGUAUACGGAGCUAACUCCAAUCACAGAACUGAGUGUCUACACCUGUGGAGGUGCUUUUGAGGACAGCACCUGGGACGGCAGCAGCGGCCCCCGCAGCAGCAGCAGCAGCAGCAGCAGCAGGAGCAGCAGCAGCAGCAGCAGCAGCAGCGACUACAGCACAGACGGCAGCAUCAUAUUAGAUGCUGUUGAGUGCAGCAGCAGAAUCAGCAACAACAGCAACAACAGCGAGAGCAGCAGCAACAGCAUCAACAGCAGCAGCCACAGGAGCAGCAGCAGCAUCAGCAUCAGCAGCAGCAGCAGCAGCAGCAGCAGCAACCGCUGCUCCUGCUGCAUACAAAUUACUGUAAGAAAGGAGCGGCCCGCUGUGCUGCUGACGAGCACCAGCUACACACAGGAUGAGGAUUUGCUGCUGCUGCUGCAUGCGCUGCAGCAGUACGACGCAGCAGUAGAAGCAGCAGCAGCAGCAGCAGAAGCAGCAGCAGCAGGACAGCAACCCGGGCAGCAGCAACAGCAGCAGCAGCAGCAACAGCAGCAGCAGCAGCAGCAGCAGCUCCCUGAGCUGCUGCUGCUCCAACCCGGGCAGCAGCAACAGCAGCAGCAGCAGCAGCAGCAGCAGCAGCAGCUCCCUGAGUUGCUGCUGCUCGUCACAGGCAGAGGCAGCAACAAGCAGCAAUGGAUAGCAGCAGCAAGAAGGGCGCGGCUUAAGCACACAUCUAUCUGCUGCUUCUUUGCUUCGCCUGAAGACUACUACAAGGUGGUAGCAGCAGCAGACCUGGGUAUUUGUCUCCACCGCAGCAGCAGCAGCAGCGACCUGCCGCUGAAGCUGCAGGAUAUGCGGGGGGCGGGGCUGCCUGCUCUGGCUCUGUCUUUCCCCGCGCUGCGCGAGAUUCUCCCCGAAUGGCAACAAUUCUCAACGGCCAAAGAGCUCGCCAGCAUGCUUGUCUGCAUAUUGCGAGGGUUUCCAGCAACGUUUGACCCCUGUGUAUAUACGCAGCUGCAGCAGCAGCCAUCGUUGCUGCUGCAGCAGCGCUGCAGCAGCAGUUUGCUGCAGUGCCUGAAGCCGCACUAUAACCCGCUGCUGCACUGCAGCAGCAGCAGCAGCAGCAGCAGCAGCAACUGCAGCAGCAACUGCAGCAGCCCCAGAAGCGACAGCAGCGGGGCUUAUGUAACGGCCAGCAGCACCAUGAGUCUCUCUUACUCUUGCGGCAGCAACAGCAGCAACAGCAGCAGCAGCAGCAGCAGCAGCAGCAGGAACCCAGGAUAUAAUGCUGACGAUAUGCAGCAGCAAGAAGAGCAAGACCAGCAGCAGCAGCAGCAGCAGCAGCAGCAGCAGCAGCAGAACUUCUUUCCUCCGAGAGGCUCCGCCAAUGCUGCUUCUUUGCUUUUUGAAUUGAGGGUCCUAGCUGAGCGGGCUAGAGACAGCAGCAGCAGCAGCAGCAGCAGCAGCAGCAGCAGCAGCAGCAGCAGCAGCAGCGAUAGACCCUACAGGUCUUUCCCUGAGGAAUGGCGGCGUGUGGCGCUGCCAGUGUUAGAAGACCUGCUGAGAUAG